CAGACCAAGCGCACUAAGAAGGUCGGCGUCACCGGCAAGUACGGUACUCGUUACGGUGCUUCGCUCCGUAAGACCGUCAAGAAGAUGGAGAUUACGCAGCACUCGCGCUACGCGUGCCCUUCGUGCGGCAAGAACGCCGUCAAGCGCUCGGCGGUCGGCAUCUGGAAGUGCAAGGGCUGCUCCAAGCAGUACGCCGGCGGCGCUUACGUCCUCUCGACCCCCUCGGCUUCGACUGUCCGCUCUACCAUCCGUCGUCUCCGUGAGGUUGUCGAC